GCUCAAGCUAAAAGGAAGAUCAUACUUCAGCUUCUUGUGUGAAGCUACCCAUAAUUUAGGUAUAGUUUGAUGAUCUAUUAACGACAAAAGAGACCCACAUCAGAAGCAAUGAAUAAAUGCCUUUAAUUGUUAAAGUAAAAGAGAAAAGAGACAGUCUUUUGCUUACUUAAACUUGCUCUUGCAUAUACAGAACUCACCUCAACUACUGCAACUUCUGCUUAACCAACUUCAAGAUCAGAAUGCCCACUUCUCUAGUCAUCUCCUCUCUGCUUCUCUAUCUACUAGCCUCUCUCUCCAUUACAGAGGGGGAACAACUUAUAAUAGUAAACAAUUGCAAAGAAAGCAUAUGGCCUGGGAUACUCGGAGGUGCAGGCCAGCCCACACCUAAAAAUGGCGGUUUCCACCUUGGAGGAAGCGAGGAAGUAGUCCUUGAUUUGCCGCAGAAGUGGUCAGGGAGGUUGUGGGGAAGGCAAGGAUGUUCUUUUGAUGCUAAGGGGAAAGGAUCAUGUGAUACGGGAGACUGCUCGGGCCUACUUCACUGCCAAGGCACAGGCGGUGCACCUCCAGCAACAGUGGUAGAAAUGACUCUUGGAUCAUCGACCUCGCCUUUACAUUUCUAUGAUGUGAGCUUGGUUGAUGGCUUCAAUUUGCCAGUCUCGAUGAAACCUGUUGGUGGAGGAAUUGGGUGUGGAAUUGCAUCGUGUGAAGUUGAUCUGAAUGUUUGCUGCCCAUCCACAUUGGAAGUGAAGAAAGGCGACAAGGUGGUUGGUUGCAAGAGUGCUUGCUUGGCAAUGCAAUCUGCUAAGUAUUGCUGUACUGGGGAAUACGCAAACCCCAAAACUUGCAAACCAACUCUCUUUGCCAAUCUCUUCAAGGCAAUAUGCCCAAAGGCCUACAGUUAUGCCUUUGAUGACUCUUCUAGUCUCAACAAAUGCAGGGCUUCACGCUAUGUUAUUACUUUCUGCCCUCCCAAAUGAUAUCUGGAAGAAGAAAAUAGAAGUCAUGAUUAAUUCCAGUUCAGAAACAAAGUCAACAGCAGCACAACCAUCAGAAGAUCAAAAAAAUAAUGAUGUUUGCGUUUUUUUACCAGUGUUUACUAGUUGAGCUUUGUAUUGAUUUCGGUUGUCAUUCUAGUAUACUAAAGAAUUUUGAAGAUAUGUCGUGGUGGAUGGGUUUACCCAGUAAAAUGAUUUCAGUUUUUAUAAGACAAAAAGAAUCCUCAUUCAAGGAUUAUUUAACAA